AUGGUUUACGCAUUCACCCUGCCAACCACAUCGCCCCUCUCAUUCCAAUCCUUCAUAUCGUCCCCAACACAUCCCUCUCUCCCCCAAUCGGCUUCAACGACUCGCCAUGCUCUUCGCAUCGCGCUAAAAGCCCAUAAACGCUUACCCCGCGGCCCGCGCCAGGAUGCCCACCUACCCACAGUAUUGUCCGCUCUGAACGAAUACAUACCCUACCUGUUCGCAAUUUCAAAUGGGCUCAAUGGUCGGCCCAUUGCCACGAAUGCUUAUUCUGCCUCGGAAGCUGGCUACACCUCCGGAUCGACGAAUCUCCGCACCGGCGAACUAAUCGACAUCACGAUUCGCGCAGAGAUCGAAUCAGCAUGGCGAUGUACUCUGUCAUCUUCCAGUGGAGUAAACCUUGGGUCUGGGGGUAACAACACAAGUGGAAGAGGUAUUCGGACGCGAAAUGGGCGGGUGUCUGGCAGAGGCAUCAACUUCGAAUUAGCAUUUACCCUUACAACUCUGGGGUAUGUGCUGAGCAGGAUGGCACGCGCAGGAGUUGUCGCUGCGUUAUAUGCAUCAUCCACCCCGACUGCGGAGGAACGUACUGCUGCUGUGCAGACCGCAACGCGUUAUCUACUUCAAGCUAGUUCGGUGCACAAUUUGCUCGCCACGUCUCCGACCUUCACCUUAACAACAACGGUGCCGGACCUUGAUGCUGCUACACAGUCGGCUCUGGCAUCUCUCGCACUAGCUGAAGCUACGCUACUGGCUGUUCUCAAAGAUGAUGCCUAUGUUGCGGCUUGUAUCCAGUCGCGCAAUCCGAACGACAAAGAGUGGAUGGUCCAUGCCCCGGAGAUUCCAAAAGUGCGUGCUCUACUGUUCGCGAGACUCUGUGUUCGGGCUGCAGAGUACGCUGAACAAGCGGCUGCAGGACUAGGUGCUGUUGGGUCUACGUCUGGACGUGCAGGCCGUGUUGACGAGGAUCUGGUCCGCUAUACAGGAGUUUUGGCUCGCGUGGCUCGGGCGCGUGCUUGUCGCUUCUUUGGUGUAGAUGCAGAGCUAUCAGGCAAAGUAGGAGAAGGUAUUGCAUGGUUACGAGCUGCACGUACCCCACUUGGACUACGUGGAGCAGCGUCUUCACAGGAAGACGCUCCUGGCUCCGGAGGUCCUGCAAAGGGCGGAUUUUCCCGCUUGAAGCGGGAGUGGACAGAGCGGCGCGAGGAUCGCCGCGCGACAAAGGAUGCCGGCGGGAGUCGCAGUGAUAAAGGCCCUUUAGAUGCAGGAGAUGAUGCUGGCCGUAAUGAGGAAGGACGAGUGAUCGCGAUGCUCGAGACGAAAUGGGUGAAGAUGAAUGACACAAUAAACACACAGCUUAUUCCUGCAUCUGCUCCAUUGCUGUCUAAUCUACCUUCUGGUCGAGAUAUUCACUCUCCACCUGCACCAUAUCAGGCACCGUCCCUCGACGAGGAUCAGCUCAUGCGAAUGCGUGCACCCCCGGAUGAGAUCAAUGAUGUGCAAUUUGGGAGUGACGACGACAGCGAGGACGAGACAGGGCAAUUUGAUGGCCGUGGAACUCCGGGGGGAUUCCCUGAUCGAAGUGCGACUGCCUCGAGCGUUUAUUAUUGA